AUGAUUAAAGACUCAGAAAUACUGGUGGAGCAACGGAAGUUUUCAGAGGCUGAUAGUUCUUCGAAGGAACCAUUCAACAAGAUAUUCGAUAAAGGAUUCCGAAACACGCUUGAUGCCAGCAUGGAGGGUCAAACAUGUACACAACCUACGUACUCCAAAGGGGAUACCCAGUCCAGUGGAAAGGCUACUUUAUAUUUGGCUUGCGUGGCUGUGAUACGAUCUGGAAAUGAGCGUGCUGUUCAACGCUGCAAGAUGUCGUGGUUCCUGAAACGUGGCUGUGCCUAUCAACUGUUGGACAUUGAAUUGUUCUGUGGUAUUUGGGAGGCUUGA